GUUCUUCUAAAACUCUACUAACAUCUCUCAGAGCUUUCCUUCUGAAAAUCUCACAGCAUAUUUGAUAUUUUUUUUCCAUUUGAGCUCAUCAUCAGGUGCGGAGGUUUCUGUUUCCUCUAUAUCACAAGAGAGGAAGUUAACCAGCUUUUUCUACCAAAGCUUGAUCAGUCUCUUGACUUUUCAAAGACAACAGAGAGGUGUGGGUGUGGUGUUAGGGGGAGAGAAGAUAAGAGAGAAGAAGUUAAUUUGGUCCUGCAAGUAGUGCUGCUCAAACAAAGGGGGUGGUGUGGGGGUGGGUUUUGGCUAAGUAAUGCGCUCAGGAGCUUGUACGGUGCAGCAGACCCUCACCACAGAGGCUGCUUCAGUCUUGAAGCAUUCUCUUAGCUUGGCGAGGAGGAGAGGCCAUGCUCAGGUCACUCCUCUUCAUGUGGCUGCUACCUUGCUAAGCUCAAGAGCAAGUCUUUUGAGAAGGGCUUGUCUCAAAUCUCAGCCUCACCAACCUUCUCAUCCUCUUCAAUGCAGAGCUCUUGAGCUUUGCUUUAAUGUCGCACUCAAUAGACUCCCAACAACUCCUGGACCUUUACUUCAUGGCCAGCCCUCUCUUUCCAAUGCUCUAAUUGCUGCAUUAAAACGAGCACAAGCUCACCAGAGAAGAGGCUGCAUCGAGCAACAGCAACAACAACCUCUCUUGACCAUCAAGGUAGAGUUAGAACAGCUUAUAAUUUCUAUUCUAGAUGAUCCUAGUGUUAGUAGGGUUAUGAGAGAAGCUGGGUUCUCUAGUACUGCUGUGAAGAGCAAUAUAGAGGACUCUUCAGCUUCUUCUGUGUUUCAGUGUUACAGCACAACAGGUGGUGGUGUUUUCUCUUCACCUUGUUCACCCACUCCUCGUGAAACUCAGAGAGAGAUCAUCAAACCUACUACUUUCUGGCAAACCCAUUUCUUAUCUUACUCUUCUGAGAAAAAUCCUUUUCUCUUUUCUCCACAAAAGAAGCUCUCAAGCAACUAUUUCACAGAUUCAAUUUCUGUGAAGGAAGAUAUUAAGUUGGUAUUGGAGGCUUUUUUGAGAAAGAAGAGAAAGAAUACUGUGAUAGUAGGUGACUGUGUGUCGAUAACAGAAGGACUUGUUGGAGAGCUGAUGGGAAUGGUAGAGAGAGGAGAGGUUCCAGUGGAAUUGAAACAUACCCAGUUUGUUAAAUUUCAAUUUGCACCAGUUUCUUUGAGGUUCAUGAAGAAAGAAGAUGUGGAAAUGAAUAUCUCUCAACUGAAAAGGAAAGUGGAUUUUGCUGGAGAAGGUGGGGCCAUUAUCUAUACAGGAGACCUGAAGUGGACAAUUGAAGAAAGUGUAAUGAAUGGAGAGGACUCAGCUGCAGCAGGUUAUAGUCCAGUUGAUCAUCUCGUGGCAGAAAUAGGAAGAUUAAUCUCAGAAUAUAGCAGCUCAAACACUAAGGUGUGGUUAAUGGCUACUGCAAGUUAUCAGACAUACAUGAGGUGCCAGAUGAGGCAACCUCCUCUGGAGAUUCAAUGGGCACUUCAAGCUGUUUCAGUUCCCUCAGGUGGACUUGGUUUGAGCCUCCAUGGUACCAGUAUCAAUGAAUCAAGGUUAAAUUUCUCCCAAAACCCAUCUCAAUUACUAGAAACAAAACCCUUCAUUAGCAAUGGCAAGGAAGAGCAAGAUAAGCUAACUUGCUGUCCAGAAUGCACCUCCAGUUGUGAAAAAGAGGCUCAACUCUUCAAAUCAGGACAACAGAAAAAUUUACCUCCUUGGCUUAAUCCACAAGGCACUAGUGCCAAUCAAAAGGAUGAAUUGGUUGAGUUGAGAAGAAAAUGGAAUGGAUUCUGCCAGGGCCAACACCACCAAGGAAGGCAAAUUCAAAGCCAUUUGGGUUCCAAUACCUUGUACAACAACAACAAAAAUAAUCAAUGGCUAAUUGAGAAGAGCCAUUCAUAUGCUUCAUCAUGCCCUUGGUGGCCGAGCCAAAACAUCUUCCCAGAUUCAAAUCCAGUCUCCUUCGCAGACUUAGUUUUGAAGCCUAACCAGACCUCCAAUCUUGUGCCUAAAUUUAGACGUCAACAAUCUUGCACUAUUGAUUUCAACUUUGGCAAUGGAACCCAAAAGCAAUUACAGUCAGGAGAACCAAACCUGGAUUCUUUCAAGAACACUCGGGGUAAGGAAGACAAGAUCACACUUGCCCUUGGCAAUUCUUUACCCUCUGAUGGUGGGGAUGGAGACAGAGGGAGGAGUAAUUUGUGUAAGUUAUUGCAAGAGAAUGUGCCCUGGCAAUCUGAAAUCAUUCAUUCUAUAGUAGAAGCUUUGAUCGAAACUAAAUCAACUGGAAAAGGGACCUGGAUACUGAUCCAAGGCAAUGACACAUUGGGAAAAAGAAGAUUGGCCCUUGCAAUUGCAGAUUCUGUUUUGGGAUCUGUUGAUUUACUACUGUACAUGAACAUGAGGAAAAAGGAUAAUGAGGUAGCUUCAUGUUCUGAGACAUUAGAAAAAACUUUAAGAAAUCAAGAAAAGAUUGUUGCUUUGGUGGAAAAUGUUGAUUUUGCUGAUACCCAGUUCAUGAAACUCCUUGCUGAUGGAUUUGAAACUGGAAAGUUUGGAGAAUCAGCAAACCAACCAGUAUUCAUUUUGACAAAAGGUGGUAAUUUCAUGAGCUAUGAAGAUGGGAAGAUGGAUCAAGAUUCUGUUAUCAGGAUGACCCUGGAGGUGAAGGAAACAACAACCCCAAGCAUGGAUCUCAAGAGAAAAGCUGAGUGGGACAUUUCAAGAAAGAACAAGACUCCAAGAACCCGUGAAAACAAAGAUGUUGAAAAUGGAAACAUGAAAAAAGACUUCUCAAGGCAGUCAAGCUUCAACACACUUGAUCUCAACAUCAAGGCCAAUGAGGAUGAUGAAAGUGAAGAAAAACCUGGGGAAUUUAGCCCCACUUCGAGCGAUUUGACUCGUGAGACCACCUCUGAUCCUGUAACUCCACAUUGGUUUCUUGAUUCGAUUGAGAACCGGUAUGUUUUCGAUCGAAAUCAAGAUCAGGACAGGGAGAUGACAGAGGUUCUCUCAUCCAAGAUGAAGAGGUAUAUCGAGGAAACUUUUGGGGAUCAAAAUGUAAAUGGUUUUAGCAUUGAGGAGAGGGUAUUAGAAGAGGUAUUAUAUGGAUAUGGUUCUUUUGUUAACAGUUUGCUUGAAAGAUGGCUAAAAGACAUCUUUCAAACAACCUUACAAAGAGUUAAAAUUGGAGGGAAAGAGGGUGUGGGAAUUAGGCUUUGUUUUGAAGGUAGAAAUGGGAAAAUUUUGGAGGAGGGAUUCAUGGGUACAUGUCUGCCCAACAAAAUCCAAGUUUCCUUCAUGGACUAACUAAAAGUUCGUCUUCUUUUGUAAAAAUCCAGUACCACCACAAUCUCCUUUGUGUAACUGCCAAUUUUCAUGAUAGGAUGUGCUUUGCUUGCCCUGUUU